ACAAUUGAAAAGUUACUUCAAAAUGGGCACAGUUUCGAGGUUAUUAUUUGUGCUGGUGAAGGGCAAAACAUGAAAGUUUCGAGCACAUUCACUUAUUUUAAACGCUUUGUUCUACUUAUUUUAAAUGCUCGUUCUACUUAUUUCAAAGCUGCUUUUUCUGCUAAUUGGGCUAAAAAGUAA